AUGUCUAAGAGAAAGCCGCCAAAUGUUACUUUGUCGAGGGGAAUGGUACUCUUACAGAUGUCCUUAAGCAAUCGGUCUGAAGACUCUGAAUUAAAACAAUCAUCGCAAACUCAUGACUUACAUCCCAUUAAUUAUAUUCAUGCCACUCCAUCUGAUGAUAUAAACGUAUCACAAAUUCCUGUAAAUCAUAUAAACAAUAAUCUGCAAAAUUCAAGCAAAAUUCCAGCAUUACCUUUCAAAAAUUCUAAUCCUUCACAAAGCGAUCAAUUCAAAAGCAUCGAACACUCUUCCCUUCCGAUUAUUGAAAAACAACAAAGACCGAUAUCACCAGUAGUUGAAAUUCUACAAAAUUAUGGUGUUAUUCCAAAUGUUGAUAAAGCAUUAAGGUCAGAAUGUGUAAUUGGCGAACAAGAUUGCGCGGAAGAAAUUGACAUUGAUAAUUUAUUCGAAAAUUUGAUUGAUUUAGAAAAUUGUAAUUUAGAGUCCAAUAAGAAUAAUUGUUCAACUGUCCGUUGUUCAGAUGAAGAUGCUAUGAAAGCUACGAUGUCUAAGAGAAAGCCCCCAAAUGUUACUUUGUCGAGGGGAAUGGUACUCUUACAGAUGUCCUUAAGCAAUCGGUCUGAAGACUCUGAAAUAAAACAAUCAUCGCAAACUCAUGACUUACAUCCCAUUAAUUAUAUUCAUGCAACUCCAUCUGAUGAUAAAAACGUAUCACAAAUUCCUGUAGAUCAUAUAAACAAUAAUCUGCAAAAUUCCAGCAAAAUUCCAGCACUACCUUUCAAAAAUUCGAAUCCUUCACAAAGCGAUCAAUUCAGAGGCAUCAAACACUCUUCCCCUCCGAUUAUUGAAAAACCACAAAGACCGAUAUCACCAGUAGUUGAAAUUCUACAAAAUCAUGGUGUUAUUCCAAAUGUUGAUAAAGCAUUAACGUCAGAAUGUAUAAUUGGCGAACAAGAUUGCGCGGAAGAAAUUGACAUUGAUAAUUUAUUCGAAAAUUUGAUUACUUUAGAAAAUUGUAAUUUAGAGUCCAAUAAGAAUAAUUGUUCAACUGUCCGUUGUUCAGAUGAAGAUGUUGUUAGACCUAAUUCACCAGAAAAUGACUUGGAUGACGAAGUUCGUGAUCCGGACUAG